AUGGAACAUCAAGGAUUGCUGAUAACAUUUAUGGAUGAUGGAUCACUGGAGACUGAAGAGUUGUCCAAGAACAUUGUCAGGAAAGAUGAGAGGCCCCUGUACAUUGUUACCAAUGAGAAGAGCCGGGACUAUGUGCUGCAGACAGCUGCCUGGAGGGAAGCCAAGGACAUGGAAAGCAAAGAAAACGUGGGUAAGGAAUGUUCUUCCAAAAGAAAACCCCCGACCUGUAGGGUCUGUGGCAGCUCUUUACCACAUGACGAUGGACAGAAGUUAAGUAAGGACUGCCUGAUCGAAGACUCGCCAGAUCCCACCCACAAGACGUGGUCCAAGAAAGUUAUAGAUUGGGUUGAAGACUAUGUUCAGUCAUCUUUGAAGGAAACAAAGGAUCCUCUAAGGGAGACGAAGAAGACGGCGCAGCAUCGAAAGUCUUUCUGCUACGGAAUCUCCACGAAGCUAUUUUCAGUUUUGUCCGACUUUGAGGUCAGCAUUAUCCACGUGUCUGAGGACUAUAUGGAACAUCUGAGACUGUUUCUCCAAGAAACUGAGGAGGUAGACGUCCUCCAGGAGAUCUGUCAACCAGCCGGAAAUUUCUUCUGCUCCUCAGACAGGAAUCAACGUGAAAAACAUCUCGAAGAUCUACUUAAUAUCGUGAAUAAUAAUAUUAAAACGUUGUGUAGCAGGUUGUACGACCCUAUCGGCAGUUCGCUUUGUGGCGCCCUGGUUACUCUUGUGGCCGCUGAAUUGGCAUCAACUCAUGGAAGAGCCCAGGACUUUGAUGACGAAGAGGAAGAUGUCCGUCGGCUUCCCAAGGAACCGGUGAUGACACAUCGUGAGUUUGAGAAGAUGGUAAAAGACUUCGAUGUGAAGACGGAGCUUAAGAGCGCCAUACGCUGGACCAAGAAGACUUACUCGCUCUACAGGAACAAAUCCCUCGACGGCUGGGUGCCGGUGGGAAAGACGCACUUACAGUCAGGAAGGAUCUUCUGUUUCGGCCUGUGCCUUAAAACUUUUUCCAUCUCUGGAUAUAAAUGGCAGGUCCAACUUUUUCAGAACUAUGAAGAUACACAUACUAUGGCCUCUUCCUUCCAUUUCAUGGCUUUUGCUAAACAUCUGAUGAUGUUUCGGGAGUGGAGAACAAAGUUGGACAUUCUUCGGAAGGCCAUAACCCAAAGAGAUGAUGUUAUCCAGGAGAUUUCGGAGCUGGCUGCAAGGUUCUUCUGUGACCGGAGCAGCAGGAGAGACAUUUUUAGAAAUUAUUUUCAAGAACAAAUUAAGGAAAAGUGCAAAAACAUCGGGAAUUCUCUGGAGGCAACUGAAGGACUUUAUGUUAUGGGGGUCGGGUUGGUGGUGCUGGGAGCAUUGUCUGCAUUGUCCAUCAAUACAGGGACAAUACAUUAUGGUAGUGGAAUACAGAAGGAUUCACAACACCUUAAGAAAAAAGUUGUUGAGCGUGUGUGUUAG